AGAAAAAACAAUUUAUCAUUUAGUUGAAAACAUAGAAACACACAGAACUACGUACAGAGGUACGCCUCAGAAUCUAUCUAUCAAUCUAUCAUUGUAGAUUUGUAGUAGUAGAAUGGAGGUAAGUAGUAGGGUGUUGACUGCAACCAGCACAACUCUCUUCUCCAUCCCCAAAACCCACCAUUUCUCCCCCACUCCUCUUCCGUUUCGCCUACCGUCAUUCUCCGGCUGCCACUCCCCGCCCCUAAAUAUCACUCUCCAUCCCCUUUUCUCAUCUAAAAAAUCUGCUUCACUUUCUUCUUCCACCUCCGGUGAUAUCCCUCCCUUAUCUGAUGAUGAUGAUGUCAUCCUUCUUAAUGUUUCUGGGAUGAUGUGUGAAGGAUGUGCAUCAAGUGUUAAAAGAAUCUUGGAGAAUCAAACACAAGUGUCUUCUGCCACUGUGAAUCUUGCAACAGAGACAGCAACUGUAUGGCCUAUAUCUGAAGCCAAGGUUGCGCCAAACUGGCAGAAAGUAAUUGGAGAAGAACUUGCAAAGAAUUUGACAAAUAGUGGGUUUAACUCUAUCCUUAAAGGUGAGGCUGCUACUGAAGGAGCACAAUCUUAAAACAAAGGGCUGUUUUAACAAGAAACCAUAUGCCUUGCGGAGGUGCAUCACUUUUGGCGGUUUAGUCGAAGAGAAGUCAUUCUACUACAGGACAUUGUCUCAUUGUUUGAUGGCUUGUAUUGUCUACAUUGUACUUAUUCAUGACAGUUAUAUUAAUGCAAGAAUGUUUUAGCUUCUCUCCAUGUAUUAGUUUGUAUUUGUAAUUUGGCACAUGUUAUAUUGUAUUGGCUUUUGUGGUCAAUGACCAUUUUGGCGUCCUAAA